AGGCUUGUGUCGUGAUUGGAGACGUAGACUUGUUCUAUAAUGUAGAGUUCAAGUAACGAGAACAUGAGGAGUAUUCGAGUCAAGAGUCCAAUGCAGCCAAAUGAUGUUCCUUUGGCUGCAGGUAUUCCGGUCGUAGUUGAUAGCAUUGUAGAAGGGUACUUUGAAUGUUAUGACUGAAGCACGCCGCAACAGUCGUAAUUGGUGGACCAUGGGUUGUCUACUUGUUUAUAGGUUUGGUUUAUGGCUUGUGACGUUUGUGUCACUUAUUUUUGUAAAGCCAUUUCUGAUAUGUAUUUAUUAUGAGGAAAGACUUAAACAAAUACGUGUAAUAUGGCUCUUUGUGUAUGAUUAUUUAUGAUAAAAGAUUAUGUUAUGAUUUCUGCUAGUUAGGUUUAUGUUUUUUGCUGCACAAAUAGAUAGAUGUUAUACUCUGAUUAAUGGGUACAUGAUAUGGGGCAUGUGCCAUUUGUUGGCUGAGCGACAUAUCGUCAUGCCACUGUAAAGAUCCGUUUAUAUUUUAAAGGGACUAAUGUUUAUGAAAUGUUUUGUAUUUAAAAAAAGAAAAAAAAAGAAAAAGGGGUCGUCACAAGGUGAAACUUAAAGCCAAUGGAGAAGUUGAACGCUAUAAAGCCCAUUUAGUGGCCAAAGGAUACACCCAAUGUGAAGGGUUAGACUACUAUGAUACAUUCUCUCCCGUUGCCAAGCUUACUACAGUUCGGUGCCUCCUUGCUCUUGCUGCAGCCAAGCAAUGGCAUUUUAAUCAGCUUGAUGUCGACAAUGCAUUUCUUCAUGGCAAUUUGCUUGAAGAAAUUUAUAUGGAGCUUCCUCCUGGUUAUGAUAGCAACAGUGCCUCUAAAGUCUGAAAAUUGCAGAAAUCUCUCUAUGGUCUUAAGCAGGCGUCUAGGCAAUGGUUUGUCAAGUUCUCAUCUACUUUGAUCUCCCAUGGCUCCACACAAUCAAAGCCUUAAGGAUCUUGGUCCAUUAAAAUACUUCCUUGGUUUGGAGGUGGCUCACAGUGCCAAGGGCAUUGUUGUUUCUCAAAGGAAGUAUGCCUUGGAAGUCUUAGAAGAUUCUGGUGUUCUGGGUGCUAAACCAGUUGUCUUUCUUAUGGAUCCAAACCUUAAAUUAUCUCGCACUAAUGGUGAGUUGCUGUCUGAUCCUUCCAAUUAUUGUCGCUUGGUUGGUCGCUUGGUUUACUUAAUCAUUACUAGACCUGAUCUUUCCUUCUCAGUACAGCUUUUGAGUCAAUUUAUGGACUCUCCCUGUAAACCACACACGGAUGCAGCUUUUUGGGUGUUAAGAUAUUUGAAAUCUUCUCCUGGUCAGGGAAUAUUUUUUGCUUUUGAUUCUGAUCUCAAGUUGAAAGCUUUUCGUGAUUCAGAUUGGGCUGGAUGCCCCGACACUCAUAGAUCAGUUACAAGUUUUUGGGUUUUCUUAGGAAAUUCUUUGAUUUCCUGAAAAUCUAAGAAACAACAUACUGUCUCUAGAUCCUCUGCUGAGGCAGAGUAUAGAUCCAUGGCUUCGGUUACUUGUGAGUUAACUUGGCUUCUUGCUUUACUCAAAGAACUUCAGCUUCCUCAUUCGCAUGAAGCUUCGAUCUUUUGUGACAGUCAAGCUGCUAUACACAUUGCAGCCAACCCGGUUUACCAUGAAUGUACAAAACACAGAAAUAGAUUGUCACAUUGUUCGGGACAAAAUUGAUCAAGGGAUGAUUCACACUCUUCAUGUCAAGUCUGCUCAUCAAAUUGCUGAUCUUCUAACUAAAGCUCAACAUAGACCUGUUUUUCAGGACUUAUUGUCAAAGAUGAAUGUAAUAAACUUAUUCCAUUCCUCUAGAGGGGGCCUAUCAGAUAUUAGAUUAGAGUUCUAGUUAAUCUGUUAGAUUGUUAGUUAGUCAGUUCAGAUUAGUUAUACACAUAUAAGUUUAUCAUUUGUUCUUCUCUUGUAUAAAUAUAGUUUUCAGUUGUAAUAGGUCAUUCAUUCAAU